AUGGCUUCCCACGAGACAUCAAGCCAUGAUCUAGACCGAGGCCUCUGGUCCUUUGAUCUCCUCAACGAUGAAUUUACCUUGCCUGCAAGACAUAAUGCAGCCGAUAAUGCCAGCCUUGACCCAUUACAGGCAUCCCCAGCAGACGUUAGCGAGGAUGCGUGGUGGGCCCCUCUUCCAGCUGAGUUGGAUAUCGGAUUCCAAGAACCAGUUAGUCUUGGCGAAAACGGGCAGCAUCUAAACGAUUUCACUUCCCUUUUAAACCUGACAAACGAUGCGUCGUCCUCAUCGUUUGCCCACCCUCAUCGGCUUGAGCAGAAUCCUGUCUUAUCUUCACCAGAAGCAUGCCAGACCACUCACCCCACGACCAGCCCAGAUGUGGACGAUGUGGUUACCCCUCCCAAGAUCGGCACCAGGUUCACCAGAGAGUCUAUCCGCAUACUGAAAAGCUGGCUCGCGGCCCACAAAGACUCGCCCUAUCCCGAUGAAGCUCAGAAGAGACGUCUUCAAGAGAGGACAGGGCUCAACAGGACACAACUUAUGAACUGGCUGGCCAACGCCCGCCGUCGUAAUAAGAGUUUGGGUUUGCGAACUGCUUCUUCUGAACAAUUCGAGCAGCCAAGACCUAUCUCAAUCCCUCGACCACCCACCCCAGCCUUUCGGGAUGGUUCCUCGUUGAAUCCCCUCGAGCGAUGGGUCGAGUCUCCACCAGAACAUGAGCCAGCUUCGGCUUUUGAUAUUGCAAGGGCUGUUGCUUCCAACUCUUCAUUCAAUGAGGAAUCAGCCGGUUCACCCAGCUUCGACCCAUCGGGUUACCCUCAUAGAACUCCCUCAGCUGGAAGUGUCGACACUUCAAGAUCCAGUGGCGGAUCUUUCUCCUCUGCAAAUUCAUACGGGAGUCAGUCAUCACUAAAAACAUUUGAACCCUUUCGGCAUGCUCGCUCCCGCCGCAGAAAGCGAGCCUUCAAACGCAGCGGUCCCAGAACUCCCUUGAGCGCAGCUGGCAAGACAUUUCAGUGCACGUUCUGCACAGAAACUUUCGGGAGGAAAUAUGACUGGCAGCGGCAUGAAAACUCGUUACAUCUACCUCUGGAAAGAUGGAUAUGUGCACCUGCUGGCCCUUGCUGCCCGAACCCAACCAAUGACAACUUGGAAAGUUGUGUGUUCUGUGGACUGGCCAACCCAAGCGAUCAACACAUCGAGAGUCACCACUAUUCCGAGUGUCAGGAUCGAGCUCCUGAAGAGAGAACCUUUAACCGAAAGGAUCAUCUGAGGCAGCAUCUGCGGCUAUUUCAUAAUGUCAGUUAUUCAGAAUGGUCUAUGCAGCAAUGGAGAGUUCCAACGCCAAAUAUCCGCUCACGGUGUGGCUUCUGUCAUCGGACUAUGACUAGUUGGGAAGAACGGGCUGACCACCUGGCAAACCAUUUCAAACUAGGCAAAACGAUGGCUGAUUGGGAUGGAGACUGGGGUUUCGAUCUCCCCAUUCUUCAGAUUAUCGAGAAUGCUAUCCCUCCUGCAUACGAGCUUAUCAAGCUUGAACUGGCCUAUUUCAUGCAAAAGUACUUUGACAACAACGGAAACAUGCCAACAAUUGAAACUAUGCAACUUGAAGCUUGCCGCAUCAUUCUAGCUUCAAAGACUGGCGCAGAACGAGAAGAAAAAAGUCAGGCAUCAUGGCUGGAGGAUCUCAUCUUGUCAAAUCAAGAUCUCCUCCAGAAGGCACGUCUAGGUUCUAUCCGGUCCCCGAGAGAGAGCAGGCUGUCUUCCAUGAAAAUCAACGGGAAGAUUGACAUGUUUGAGGGAUGUGCUUUUGAAUCCCAGCUCCAGGAUUUCGUGCGUGCUCGAACCUCUGAAACUCCAAUCACCGAUCACGAGCUUCAACAGGAGGCAUGUCGCGUUGUCGUGAACAUAGAGAAGAUAUCGCUCACGCCCUCUGAUUUUAUUGCAACUUGGCUGGCUCGGCUCAUACACUCCUCUACUGACUGGUUAUACCAUUUCCGUCAACGGAUGACUAUUCCCCAAAUUAGCGAAGUCGAUACGAAAUUCUCCAGUGCAUCUCACGACUAUGCUCAACUCGACUUGACAAGGGACACCCAGACCAGGAGCAGUCAGGAUCUAGACAAGGAGAUGGGGGGCCUAUCUCCUCCCACUCUCGGGAUGCCUUGCAAGGCGCGCUCACAAACCGAAGCCGACUUCUGGUUAUCUGCCUUCCACUCCUUCCCAGAACCCACGAAGCACGCCCCAGUACAAACAACCGCAGCAUUACACCCUAACCCUACGGCUUCAGAUGGCAAGGCAAGCGGCUCCCUCCUUGACGCCCGCUCCAUCAUGAUGAAAACAAACGGCUUCUUCUUAGGUGGCCCAAACUUUUAUCGUUGGAUUGCUGAGGAGCUUCACCGUUGGGCGAUUGCAACCAUGUCUCCUCACAAUCCAGCUCAGCAUGUCCCGACAGAUGAAGAGAUUCAACAUUAUGCUCGGUGGAUAGCUUACAAUGACGGCGAUCCUCUCAAUCAGACAGUGGCGGAUAAUCCUUACUGGCUUGCACACUUCAAGCGAAAAGCAGGCAUUGCAGGGAAUGAAUCAGGGGAUAAGGAGCCCGGAUAA